AUGAUCGCUCCCGUUUGGGACGGAUUCAUCUGUCCAUCAUACCAUGACUCAACCAUUUGGCGUGGCCAAUUCAUGUGGACCGGCGAUCGUCGUACCGCAGCUGAUUUCGAUUGGUUGGUCGACUACCUCGUGUAUUGCUCCCAGGAUCACACGGCAAUGGGAAAUGCUUUAUUAACGCUGAGCGCUAUGAAGGGACUUGGCACCCGUGCUCGAGAAUCUGCUUACCUACGCGCGCUCAUAUCUGCCAUGGAUUCAUCCAGCCCUCGUCGCCUUCGCUAUGCAGCUUUACGGGCUGUUUCGGACUCUCGACUGGCACUCGCCGAUUGA